GGGGGUCAUUGUAGAAGCGUGCUCGUCGCGACCCCUGCCAGCCCUUUUCAGGGCUGCAAUUCUACUAGCUGCGCACCCAUGCCAACGAGGGUUAGGGCGUCCCCCCAAGGCGACGCACACCAGCUCGUCCCCGCUGGUGUGGAAUGCAGCGUGCAAAGCGGCGAUGGGGACCGCCACCCGUCACGCACAGCCCGACACGGCGGAAGGUGGAGGACAGAGUGCAGAGUUGGCACGUGGAAUGUUAGAGGAGGCAUGAGAGAUAAGACGAAUGAGUUGAUCGAAAUAAUGAAAGAAAGAGAAUUAGAUGUCGUGUGUAUGUCGGAGACCAAACGGAAGGGCAGUGGUACUGAAGAGCUCCCUGGCGGGGCGUUAGCUCUAUAGUCAGGAGUCCCGGAGAGCGAGAACGCCUGCCAGGGAGUGGGGGUGCUGCUGUCUUCUCGGUUGGUCGAUGUUAUGACUGAAUAUAAGGUUGUGAACUCAAGACUUCUAUGGGUUCGCUUUAAAUUGGGACUGACGAAGUUAUUCCUUUUGGCUGUUUAUGCGCCGGUAGCUUCGUCGCCCAGGGCUGAGCUGGAGGAGUUUUGGGAGAAUGUAAGAGAAGUUCUAGAUUUGGCUAGGGGAAACGAAAGAAUUGUUGUAUGUGGUGAUUUGAAUGGAUGGGUUGGUACCGCUCGACCAGGGUACGAGUCGGUACUUGGAAAGUUUGGCGAUAAAAGGGUUAAUGAUGCUGGCAAGCUUAUACUGGCGGUGUGCAAGGAAAAGGGUCUUCUUGUGACAAACACUAUGUUUAAUCACAAGAAAAUCCAUAUGUAUACUAGAGAACGAAAGAAUGAGAGAAGUAUGAUUGAUUUGUUCCUGGUGGAUGACCGACUGCGAAAACAGGUGAUGGAUACGCGAGUGUUCAGGGGUGCUGACCUGGGAACGGAUCACUAUCUAGUGAUUACUAGAUUUAGGGGUCUGUUCGCGGGUUGGCGCUACCGGACGGCAGUAACAGAACCACAGUCGGUCUGUCGCAUCCGAAGCUGGAAGCUUCAGGAAGCGGAUACUAGGGACAAAUAUCAUGCGAGGGUAACCGAAAAGCUUGACACCAUCGAUGGCAGAAAAGAAUGUGUAGAAAGAACUUGGCAGAACCUUAGGGAUGGAAUGGUAAGUGCAGCGGAAGAAGUGUGUGGAACAAUAAAAAGAGGCAGUAGUAAAAGAAGAGAUGCAUGGUGGAAUGAUGAAGUGAAAGAAGCUGUAAAGAAGAAGAAGAAAGCAUGGUUAGACUACUUGGCCUCUAGUAAUGAUAAGGAUAUGAGAGAGAAGAUGAAAGAAAGAUAUAGGCUGCAGAAAGUUCACACGAAAGCACUGAUUGAGGAAGUUCGUGAAAGGUGUAGAAUGGAAGCGGACGAAAGGUUGUCGCACAACUUCAAGGAGAACUCCAAACUCUUCUGGAAAGAGGUUGGAAGGACCCGAAGUGGUGCGACGGCCUUAAGAAUGAACAAAGUGCUUUCGAGAACUAAUGACGUCCUCUCAGAAAAAUCGGACGUCAUGCAGCGAUGGAGCGAAUUUUAUAGAGAAAUGUAUGCGUGUGAUGAUCUUAGUGAGGGAUCCGGGGAUGACGCCGUGACUGGUACGCCAGACCCGGACCUCGAUGAUACUGAGGUCAUCAGGAUGAAAGAGAUUGAACGUGCGAUUCGAAGUUUGAAAUGUGGUAAGGCUGCGGGACUAGACAGAGUUACUGCUGAAAUGGUCAAGUAUGGUGGGCCUCGCGUCUGGGACAGCUUUCAUCUGCUGUGCAAUUUGUGCUGGCGGACGGGGGAUGUCCCGGAUGAUUGGCGAUCCGCAGUCAUUGUGCCUUUAUAUAAAGGUAAAGGUUCACAUUUUGACUGCGGGUGCUAUCGGGCGAUCAGCUUGACCAGUUUAGCAAGUAAAGUUUACUCGAAGGUUUUGACACGUAGGAUGCAAGAGAAAUCGGAAAGAUUUCUAUGGGAAGCACAAUGCGGAUUUAGACCUGGAAGAGGAUGCACGGAUCAAAUGUUUUCUCUCCGCAUGAUCACGGAGAAGCUUCUGGCUGCUAACCAGAAGAUUUUCUGUGCUUUUGUGGAUCUUGAGAAAGCAUUUGAUAAGGUUGUAAGGAAGAAAAUGUGGGAACUGUUGCCGGGGUAUGGUGUGGAUGGUCGAUUGCUAAGGGCUGUGCAGUCUCUUUACUGUGACUGUAAAGCCUGUGUGCGGGUAGGGCAUGACCUGUCACCCAUGUUUGACGUCAUGUCUUCCUGGCUGUUCAUACUGUAUCUCGACAGCUGUUUACAGAAGCUGAAAGAUAGUUGUUUGGGUGUGAAAUUGGGUGACAUUAAAGUAAAUUGUCUGCUGUAUGCUGAUGAUGCAGUGCUUAUUGCACCAUCAGAGGCAGAACUGCAGGCAUUAGUCACGUGUAUGAAAGAGGAAUGUGAAAUUAAAGGUCUCCGUUUGAAUGCUAAUAAAACUAAGGUUCUGGUAUUUGAAAGGGACGAAGAGAGAACGAAGUGUGAAAUAUGGGUAAAUCAGGAAUGUCUAGAACAGGUAAAUGAAAUUGCAUACUUGGAGAGUGCUUUUAGCCGGGAUGGAAGAUGUGAUUUAGAUGUGGACAGGCGUGUCGCUGCCGGGAACAAAGUCAAUGGUGCCCUGACUGCGUUAGUCAAAAGGCAAGGCGUAGCGAAGAGUGCACGCCUUGCAAUACAUAACGCAGUGUUGGUACCGACUUUGUUAUAUGACAGCGAAACCUGGGUAUGCCAGAAGAAGCAUAAAAGUAAGUUGAAUGCAGUGGAGAUGCGAUCUCUUCGUAAAAUGUGCGGCGUUACCAUGGCCGACCGAAAGCGAAACGAAGAGAUUCGCAAUAUGGCAGGUUUGAAAGAUGACCUUAUCACAAAAAUUGAUAAGGGCGUGCUUCGGUGGUUUGGGCACGUUGAGCGAAUGAGUGAAGACCGAAUGGUGAAGAAAAUAUAUAGCGCGAAAGUUAAUAUUAAAAGGUGUCGAGGUAGACCGAGACUAACUUUCGAAGACCAUGUGAGCAAAUUGUUCGAAGAGGGUAGGGUCAAAAGUACUCGGAUACCUAGACGUGCAUGCAUGAAGAAGAUAAUGAAUCUGAAAGAAGCGAAAGAGGUUUGUAAGGAUCGUGACACUUGGCGAUCUGUUCUCUCUGGCUACCCCGUCAGGGAUUGUGCGUGAAGAUUAAGUAAGUAAAUAAUGUAAUAUGGAAUCUUGGUAUGGGGUACCAGUGCCCGUGACAUAGAAACUAUCUUUUUUGCAUAAGAGCAAUUUAUAACCUAGGUCUGAAGUAAUCCCUUAGAGAAAAAUUUACAGAAAUAAAUAUAUUAACUUUGGCCUCUCAAUAUAUUUACGAGAAUUUAAUGUAUGUACACAAAACAAACAUAGUUUUAUUAAAAAUAGUGAUGUACAUUCUGGAAAUACCAGGAACAAGCACAAGUUAGUUAUACCAGUUACUCGACUCCAAAGAGUCGGUAAUUCUUUUAUAACAAAGUCCCAGAAUAUAUGCAUUAAGCAAAAAUUGUCUAGUAAGGGUUAUUAAUUAUUAUACUACUAAAGACUACAUGAAUGAUAUUAACCCCUGGGAAUGACGUGAUCGCUACCAUGCUGUUUCAAAAGGAAAAGUCCCGCUGGGUUUCUUGCUGCUUGCCAGGCCAGAGGUUUUUCCGAACCAGUUGUAAAAGUAAAAAAUUACUUACAAUAAGUAUUACUGUAAUCUAUAUUGAAUAAAAAUGAUUAUAUUCUAUUCUAUUAAAAGUUAAUCUUUUAAAAUAUGUAUAAGUAUAUGAAUAUUUUAUGUUUAAUAUAUGUGUUGCUCUUUAAUUUUCAGAUAACCCUCAUGACAGAAGGCCCGAUAGUGAUCCCUUAAGAGUGCCGCCGAGACCUUUACCAGGUGUGCGUCCAGACAGUCAUGACUUAUGGGAUAUGCCACCUGCUCAACUACCUAAUGUUGGACGAUCAGAUUUGGAUCCCUUUGCACCUGGCGGCGGUGGAAUGAUUUUCAACCCAUUCGGACCUCGAAGAGAUAUUGAAAAUCCUGGAUUAGGUGUACCGGGCGGGCUACCAAGAGGAGCGGUUCCACCGGGAGCACGAUUCGACCCGUUCGCACCACCUGGCGUCGGUCCUAUGCCAGGGCGCCGGCCGCCGCCUCCCGACGCCGAUCAUUUUCCGCCGCCCGGCUUCAACGAUAAUAUGUUUAUGUGAUUUUGUGUAAAAAAUAUAUAAAUGUUGCUUAGCAUUCAACACCGCGAACGUAUUGAAAUAUAAAAUGCUGUGAUUGAAAGUUAGCAAUCAUAUGUGACCUUAUAUAUUAUAUGUAAAAUAUAUAUUCUUGUAACUGGUUCUUAUAAAUUUGUGCAUGUGUAAAGGAAUCCUCAUCUUUGCUUAGCACACAACACCGCUUAAGUAAUUUUGACUUACUUUACAGGUGACUGAAAAAGUUGUAUAUUUUAUCGAAUUGUAGAGUUUUUAAGCUCUAAUUAGUAAUAGUUACUCUAUUUAUUGAUUACAAAUAAUUUAAUGGGCUUGUUAUAUCAUUUUAAUUGAUAUUCAAUUAUUAAGCGGUGUUGCGCAAAAUUAAACUAGACAUAGGCCACGUUAUUUAAGUAAAUACAGAGAAAAUAAAGUAAUUAAAAAUCGAUUGAAAU